CCUGUGUGUGAGGACAUCCCCUUUAAUAAAUGAGGUUGACUUCCUGAACAUGGAACUCGAAAGUAAAUGAGGGAAGCAAGUGCACAUGGUGAAUGAGACUGACAGGGAAGCAGCGCAGAAACAGCACAGGAUGAGCCAGUGGAAGCAGAUUCAGCAGCUGGAGAUCAGACUCCUGGAGCACGUGGACUACCUGUAUGAUGACAACUUCCCCAUGGACAUCCGUCAGGGGCUGUCCAGCUGGAUCGAGUCUCAGGAUUGGGACACGGCGGCGAACGAUGAGUCAAUGGCGGCGGUGCUGUUCACAGACCUGCUGUCCCAGUUGGAUGAGGUGCGAUCGCGGGAGCAGAACUUCCUCCAGAGACACAACAUGAAAAUCAUACAACAGCAGUUACAGAUGAAAUACAUGGCACACCCUGCAGUCAUGGCCAGGGUGAUCUCCACCUGCCUCGGGGAAGAGCGCCGGAUCCUCUCCAUCGCCUGCAUGCCGGAACAGGGUCCACUGGAGAAAUCCUUGCAGGACUCUGUGUCCGUGGAGCGACAGAAGAACAUGGACAACAGAGUUGGGAUCAUCAGGGCCAGCGUGCUGUUGAUGGACCAGGCUGUGAAAUACAUCAAGGACAUGCAGGAUGACUUUGACUUCCGCUACAAGACACUGCAGUCUCGAGAAUCAACAGACGCUCGACAGAACCCUGAGAUGAUGAAACAGGAAAUAACAAGACUGCAGGAAAUGCUCAACAGCCUCGACUUUAAGAGGAAGGAGAUCUUAACAAAUAUGGGCGUUGUGAUCAAGGAGAUCGAUGACCUCAUGAGCUCCCAGCUCAACCCUGAGCUGCAGGACUGGAAGCGCAGGCAGCAGAUCGCCGCCAUCGGAGGGCCGCUAAUCACCGGCCUGGACCAGCUGCAGAGUUGGUUCACUCUGAUCGCCCAGAGUCUCUUCCAGAUAAAGCGUCAGCUGGACAAACUGAUGGAACUGGUUGUGAAGGUCACCUACGAGAAUGACCCCAUCCCCCUGCAGAAGCCUCAGAUAGAGGAGCGCCUCAAGUACCUCAUCUACCACCUCAUCAAGAGCUCGUUCGUGGUGGAGAGGCAGCCGUGCAUGCCCACACAUCCACAGAAACCCCUCAUCCUCAAGACCGGAGUCCAGUUCACCACCAAAGUCAGACUCCUGGUUAAACUUCCAGAAGUGGAUUAUCAGCUGAAAGUGAAAACAACAUUUGACAAGGACCUCCCUUCUGGCAGAGUAAGUCGUCAGUUUUUCAUCCUCACCAACAACACGAAAGUGAUGGACAUCGAGGACUACGCCAACGGCUGCCUCUCCGUGGAGUUCAGACACCUGCAACUGAAAGAGAAGAAAUACGUCAACGGGACCAAGGGGAACGAGGGCCUCCUCUCCGUGACGGAGGAGCUGCACUCGCUCAACUUCGAGGCGUGCUUCACGGUGCAGGGCCUCGCCAUCGACCUGGAGACGUCUUCUCUGCCCCUGGUGGUCAUCUCCAAUGUGAGCCAGCUGCAUGGAGGCUGGGCGUCCAUCAUGUGGUUCAACCUUCUGACCGAUGAGCCGAAGAACUUGGCGUUCUUUGGAAACCCCCCGCGGGCCACCUGGAGCCAGCUCUCUGAGCUGCUCAGCUGGCAGUUCUCCACCUUUGUCGGUCAGGGCCUCAACAAGGAGCAGCUCAACAUGCUGGGGGCGAAGCUCCUCGGUCAGCACGCUUCCUGUAGUGACUUUCAAGUGUCCUGGUCAAAGUUCUCCAAGGAGAACCUCCCAGGAAAGCCCUUCGGGUUCUGGACGUGGCUGGACUCCAUCCUGGAGCUCAUCAAGAGGCACCUGCUGCCCGUCUGGAAUGAGAACUCUAUCAUGGGCUUCGUGAGUAAAGAGAUGGAGCGCACUCUGCUGAAGGACAGAGAGCCGGGAACCUUCCUCCUACGCUUCAGCGAGAGCCACCUGGGAGGAAUCACCUUCACCUGGGUGGAGCGCGGCGACGACGGCGACGUGAAGUUCAACUCCGUGGAGCCGUACACCAAGAGCCAGCUCGGCACGAUCCCGUUCGCCAACAUCAUCCGGGACUACAAAAUGAUCUCGGACGGCGACGUCCCGGAGAGCCCGCUCAAGUUCCUCUACCCCGACGUCCCCAAAGACGAGGCCUUCGGGCGUCUCUACAACAGCCUGCCAAACAUAGCCCAUCCGUACAUCCGGUCGACCUUCAUCCCCAUCUCAGAAUUGCGCUCCCGUGCAGCCACCACACCGAUUCUCUGCCAGUCUCCUGAGCCUCCGAUGACUCCCGGGGAGUUCGACAUGCUCAGCGAACAACUGUGCUUUGACAUCGAUACCGUGAGAUUGCAAUAUUGACUCUUAUGUUUUCUUAUUAUUCAUUUAAUUCAUGGAGAGACCACAAACUAAUGUAGACGGGUAUAUAUAUAUAUAUAUAUAUAUAUAUCAUAUAUAUAUAGAUAUAUUUUGAUAUAUAUAUCUAUAUCGUAUUCCCCUGUGCCACAGAAAACCCUUUUUUCAAAUUCCUUGUCAUAAUCAACAAAACUUAAUUUAUUAAAAUCCCAUUGAUGAGCCAAACUGUUGACGUGUUCUUUCUUUACCAUGAACAAAAAUACUUUAUUUGUGAGAAUCCUAUUGGACUAGAAGUCCCCUCGCCCUCCCAGCUCCUCCUUGUGGUUAAAGGACCUGGUGUUCUUCUUAAAAUUGGAGAAAAUUAAGUUCUCGUUGUGCCGGAGAAAUUCGAAUCUACUUGGGGUCCGAUUAUACGAUAGUUUGAUAAAUUGAAGACUCUCUCAUUAGAUUCAUAAACAAUUUCUGUGGCCUUUGACCUUUUUCUUUUCUUUUUAUUAUUUAGAAAAAGGAGAAAAAAAGCUAUUUAACUUAUCUUGACGCUGUUGUAGGAAUUAAUAAUAGCAAUAACUUACAAUUUCUAAAACUCAUUACUGGUUUCUGUCCGACUGUAUUACCCUCUUACACCAUUUUCACUUUUGUGUAUACUUUUAACUACGAAUACUCUAAUGUGCUUUUUGACAAUUGAAGCGAUUUGUUCUGUGUUGGGGGGAGAAAAUAAAAAUGACAAGUGCAAUGUAUAACUGUGCACUCUGCUUUUGAGAAUAAACACAAU